AUGUCCCUCUUGUUCAGCACUGCCAUCAUCAUUGGAUUAGUUUUGCUUUCCCGGCGCUUUUCUACGAGGGCUCGAGAGCCAAUCUCUCUGAGCUCCCCUGACUUCCAAGGAGUGCCUGAAAAACACGUUUCGACAGAGAUACCAGCCUACAUCUGCGCUUCGGACAACGACAAGAUUCGUCGAGACCAAUGGGUUGGCCGACUUGCAGAAUACGCCUUUCGAGAACGACAUCGGGGUCGCUACAACGUGCUAGUGAUCCAUGACAGUCUUGAGUACUACUUCAACAGUAACUCGAUAAAAGAGGACAAGAUUAUUCACUACUCGGACCCCCGCAAUGGUGCACUCCCUUACCGUCUCCUUGUAUUUCAUGAUGGAGAAGUGGUCAACUUUGGAGACGGUGGCUACAUCAAUUGGACAUUUUGGGGAGACUUUACUCGACACGGUGUUUCUUCGGUCACAUUUCAUUCGAAGAAGAAGGACGUCGAGUCUUGA